AAAUGUAAAAAUAUUCUUUUAUCUUUCUUUUUACAGUGACUGGUUUUCCGUUGUGGGGUGCUGUAAUUGCAGUAUGGUCCGUUAGCACAUUCUACACCACUGUGGGAGGAAUGAAAGCGGUAGUAUGGUCAGACACUUUCCAAGCAAGUAUGAUGGUUAUUGGUCUGUUUUGUGUUCUCAUCCAAGGAAGCAUUGAAGUAGGAGGACUAGCUAAAGCAUGGGAAAUCGCCGCUGAAAAUCAUCGGAUCAAAUUUUUAGAGUUUAGUGUGGAUCCGCGUGAACGCCAUACAAUCUGGGCAUUUGUGAUAGGUGGAAGUACUAUGUGGGCAAGUAUAUAUGGAACUAACCAAGCGCAGGCUCAGCGAACUUUCGCUUUGCCAACCUUGAGAAAAGCUCAAUUAGCUAUUUGGUUAAACUUUCCAUUGCUGCUAGUGAUCCUAUAUUUAUGUGGUCUGAUUGGAGUGGUCCUUUAUGCAUUUUACAGCAAAUGUGACCCCUUGCACGCCGAACUUAUCACAGCAUCAGAUCAGGUAAGCCUUUUUACAAGUCAUUAAUUAGACAAUUGUAGU